UUUAGGUCCUGGACACCAAUGACAAUCCACCAGCCUUUCUGGAACCAGCCUACUCUUUUGACAUCCCCGAAAAUGCUGUACGCGGUCACCGUGUGGGAAAAGUGCAGGCUGUGGAUCCAGAUCUAG